UUCGCGCAUGACAAAACUGUCCAGAAUUUUUGCCGUGGAAUACAAAAUUAAAAAUCCAAUAGUUAUAAAAUGAAACUAGUAUCUAGAUCUAAUAGCUUUUUCAAAUUUUAACAAUUUUCACAUCUAAAUAGGGCCUAUCUAAUUACACAAUUAAGAACUGUUAAAACCAAGUUAAAUGUGAAGUCUUAUUUCAGACUCAAGUUCUCUAGAAUAACUUGUAAUAAAACAUUCAAACAGAGCCGACACCCUGUAGAUCUACUCAGUUUUGUGAAAUAAUUUUUUGUAUUGCUGCCACUUUAUAAGCAAACAUGCAGUUUGACAUUAGAAGAUUAGACAUCUAUCGCAAGGUACCCAAAGACCUAACCCAGCCUACCCUAACUGGGGCCAUGAUUUCCGUAUGCAGCUGCCUUUUUAUCACCUAUCUCUUUGUAUCAGAACUUAGAGAAUUCUUAACAGUGGAAGUACAGAGUGUUCUCACUGUGGAAGAUCCUGUGACACAUUCUGAAAAGAUUCCUGUUUUUAUUAAUAUAACUUUACCCAACAUGGCUUGUGAAUAUGUCGGUUUAGAUAUACAAGAUGACAUGGGUCGUCAUGAAGUUGGUUUCAGGGACAAUACUCACAAAGAGCCUUUAAAUGAAGGAAAGGGGUGUAGAUUUGAAAGCCAUUUUUUGAUCAAUAAGGUGCCAGGCAACUUUCAUGUCUCCACUCACUCUGCCAAAUCCCAACCAGAGAAUCCUGACAUGACCCACAUUGUGCACAAGCUGCGCUUUGGGAUGGACUUGGCUGAGGGCAAGCAAGUGAAAGGAUCCUUCAAUGCACUAGAAAAUGUUGAUAAAAGAAAUUCUAAUGCUCUGACAACACAUGACUACAUACUCCGUGUGGUGCCUUCAGUGUAUGAAGACAGAUAUAACAACAUACGUUUUCCAUUCCAGUACACAUACAGUUACAGAGACAUGAUGCAGAUGGGUCAUGGUGGGCACAUCAUGCCAGCUAUUUGGUUUCGCUAUGAACUCAGCCCAAUCACUGUGCGCUACACAGAAAAGACAAAACCUUUUUACACAUUUUUGGUCAUGAUCUGCGCCAUCAUUGGUGGGACAUUCACAGUGGCUGGGAUCAUUGAUGGCUUUAUAUUUUCUGCUUCUGAAUUGAUCAAAAAAGCUGAACUUGGAAAGCUUAGCUGAGACUGGUGCCACUACUCUAGGUGUUACUUGUAUUUGGUCCCUAUAGAAUGUAUUUAUUUCUCUAUUUUACUCACGGUUGUUACAUUUAUUUUACUCACGGUUUAACCUCAUGUGCUUUGAGAGUGAGGACUUUGCCUUGUUCAUUCUUUUCUUUAAGAGGGCCAUAUGUUGAGUCACCAUAGAAGUGAUAUGAGAGCCAUAUGUUGAGUCACCAUAGAAGUGAUAUUUUGAUUUAGCCAUAGAUCUGUUGACAACAUAGCCCGCUGUUUUAAAGAAGGAAUCAACCUUCUUUAAGUUGUUGACAGACAAAAGGAUUUAUUUUUGUAACAUCAUCUGCUCUAAGGAAAUCAUCCAUAGCUGACAUCCCAUAAUUUUUAACUCCUCACUGUCUCAUAGUUUUUUAUCACUCUCCUAGUUGUAUACACAUGUACUGUACUGGAGUCAGGGGGUACAAUACACAUGUAGGCUGCAGGUACUGGAGUCAGGGGGUACAAUACACAUGUAGGCUGCAGGUACUGGAGUCAGGGGUACAAUACACAUGUAGGCUGCAGGUACUGGAGUCAGGGGGUACAAUACACAUGUAGGCUGCAGGUACUGGAGUCAGGGGGUACAAUACACAUGUAGGCUGCAGGUACUGGAGUCAGGGGGUACAAUACACAUGUAGGCUGCAGGUACUGGAGUCAGGGGGUACAAUACACAUGUAGGCUGCAGGUACUGGAGUCAGGGGGUACAAUACACAUGUAGGCUGCAGGUACUGGAGUCAGGGGGUACAAUACACAUGUAGGCUGCAGGUACUGGAGUCAGGGGGUACAAUACACAUGUAGGCUGCAGGUACUGGAGUC